UAGCUACAAAUCCCACCAAAGCAUCAGUCCAUGGACACCCGUCGUAGAGCUCAGGAUGUGUUAGAAUGUCAUCUCUGUGAGGCUUCUGUCCCCCCUAUGCACUGUGAUAUUUGUCACAUACAUUUGUGUGUGGCCUGUGUGGGUAAACAUCUCUUAGAUGAAUCCUCAGAACACAAAGUGGUGUCAAUAAAAAAGCGGGGUCUUAAUCCUAAGUGUCCAAAACAUUGUACAAAAUUAUGUGAACUUCAUUGUGAACAAUGUGACAUUCCUAUUUGCUUGGCGUGUGUUUCCUCUGGUGAACAUUUAGGCCACAAAUCAGUUCAAAUUUUGAAAACUCUAGAAACCAAGAAGGAAAUUUUACAGAGAGAUUUACAGGAACUAGAAAAAUCCAUCUAUCCUAAAUACCAAGAAAUUGCAUCGAACAUUCUAGUUCAAAAAGCUAAUCUGAAUGAAAACUCCCUGAAGUUAACAACAGAUAUCAGCAAAUAUGGAGAAAAUUUCCACAGGGAAAUAGAUAAUGCCAUUCAAAAACUGAAAUCCGACAUGGAUGAAAUAGAUUCCAAAAAUCUUGUUAUUCUAAAUAAGCAGGAAAAUGAAAUAAAAAGCUGUAUAUUUGAAAUUACACAGAACAUUGCUAAUCUUACGAAACUACUGAACUCAAAUGAUGUCAGCCUUGUCUCUGCCUACAAAUCUAGGAACGCUGAAUUCAAAAGACUACCUCCAAAACUCAUAGUUCCCUUACCAAUAUUCACCCCUCAGGAAAUUAACAAAGAACAGAUUUAUCAGCAGUUUGGUUCUCUACCAUCUUUAUCUAUCAAAAUAGAAGAACAUGGCUACACAAUGGAUGCUCCAGGUGCUAUGUCUUCUCCCCAGGAAAGACCGCUUCUUGAUGAACCACAAGUCAUCACAGAAAUAAACACCGAGUUUGGAGACUCUCAUAUGUUAGGCAAUAUGUCAUGUCCGAAUGAUGACGAAGUGUGGACGUGCGGUAAGGACAGAAUCAUGAGACUCUACAACCUAGACGGAAAACUAGUAAAGUCAAUCCAAACCAAGUCAGGGCAGAUACCAGGGGAUAUAACGGUAACACAAAAUGGUGAAUUGGUUUACACUGAUUACCAUGAUAGAACGGUGAAUAUAGAAAAGAAUACACAGAUACAGACAUUGGUCAGAUUACGGGGAUGGAGACCUCGCCGUGUCUGUAGUACUUCAUCUGAUGACCUCUUGGUUAUAAUGGUCAGUGAUGAUAAGGAACAAGAAAAGGUUGUGCGUUAUUCUGGCUCUACAGAGAAACAAGUUAUUCAGUUCGACGAGAAAGGACAACCACUUUAUUCAGCUGGUUAUUGCCCAAAAUACAUCAGUGAGAACAGGAAUCUAGAUAUCUGUGUAGCUGACUCUACAGCCCAUGCAGUAGUGGUGGUGAAUCAGGUCGGAAAACUCCGGUUUACUUACAUCGGUCCUCCCUCUACUACUAAGAAACAAUUUCGACCCUUCGGUAUUACUACAGACAGCAAGAGUCGGAUCCUGACAGCAGACUUUAACAACAACCGCAUCCACAUCCUGGAUCAGGACGGACAGUUCCUUCGCUAUAUUGACAACUGUCAUUUACACAAUCCAUGGGGUUUAUGUGUAGACACCAGAGAUAACCUUUAUGUGACUGAAUUAAAAACAGCGAAAGUAAAGAAAAUCCAAUAUUACAAGUAAUCGAACUGAUCAUAAUGUAUGAAUCAGACACAACAAGUUAUUAUAUUGCGGAUUUUGCAUGUAUCCAGUUUUUUUUUUAUCCCACCCAGUAAAUUCAAAAUUUAGCAACACCCGAAAAGCAAGUUAAUAUCAAUAAUAUCCAGUUCAAGCACAACUAGAAUAUUAAAGCACUAGAAAGAUUUUCACAGCAAAAUCAAUUUUCAAACCAUAAACAAAGGGUUGUUGAUAUUUUUGCUUACAUAUAAAGUCAUUAGUAAGAAUAUAGUCGUGUCUCAUCU